AUGCGGACACCUCUGCAUCUCGCUUGUGCAAACGGCCAUGUGGAUGUAGUUACACAUCUAGUAGAAAACCAGUGUAAGCUAAAUCUUUUUGACAAUGAUAACAAAUCGCCACUGAUGAAGGCAGUACAGUGCCAGCAAGAAAAAUGUGUGGCUAUUCUACUAGAGCAUGGUGCUGACCCAAAUCUGGCAGAUGCUGACGGCAACACUGCCCUUCACCUGGCUGUCCUAUCUCCUAAUACCACUGUAGCAGGGCUGUUACUUGAGCAUAAUGCCAAUAUUAAUGCUCAAAAUAAGGAGGGAUAUACCCCACUUAUUCUUGCUGUCUCUGAACAUCAUGAAGAGAUAAUGGAAUUUCUUCUUAAAAAAGGAGCUAAUGUGCAUGCUCGAGAUCGGAGUGAAAGAACCCCACUUAUGACUGCUGCUUCUGGGGGAGAGGUUAAUUUGAUAAAAGUUCUUCUUCAGUAUGGUGCUGAUCUUUCCCACAAAGACACUAAUGGAUGGACAGCUGAGGAUUAUGCUGUUAUUCAUGGAUAUUCUAGUCUUAGUAAGCAACUGGGAGAAUACGCGGACUGGGAAAGCACAGAAGGUUCUGCAGGCGGUGCACAGGGCAUCACGGUACUUGGCACUCCGCAGCGGAGAGGGGCUGCUGCCUUUACACUGGGUGCACCUGCUGUGGACAGAGGAGAAAUUCAACAAUCUCCUAACCAGACAUCAAGAACAGGAAAAUCAAGGAAAGCAACAGAUGACUUUUCCCAAGGAGACUCAAUCAGAAGCUCUGAGAAAGAGGGAAGCGAUGACAGUUGGCAUACCUCUGAGGAAGAGGAACUCGAUUUUACCCCCAAGAAGCUGCAGAAGCCAAACUUGACACUGCUAAUGAAUGCUUCACAGCAGUUCAGGAAAAAAAAUGAUGAUGGCGGUUCUAGAAUUGCAAGUCCUAAGUCACCAAAGAAAAGUCUCAAACAGCGAAUCCCAUCAGAUGCAAACCUGAACAAAGGAGACAGUGAGGAAUUGUUUAAUCAAGAUGUCUCAGCUGCAAGCAACCUGGAGGAAGAAGAAUUGGAGGAGGAGGAAGAAGAGGAGGAGGAGGAGGAAAAUGAUGAUGAAAAUCAUAAUGGAGAUGGUGAUGAAGAUGACGAGGAGGAAGAGGAGGAGGAUGAUGAAGAUUUUACUGAAGAUGGAGAGGAGGAGGAAGAGUUGGAAGAUGAAGAAGCUCAGUCUAGUGAAAUACUGGAAGAGGAGCAGGGGAAAAAAACGGAACCUAAAGGGGAAAUUAAUGGGAAGUUAGAGUAUAUUAGUAAAGCUAAGUAUGAAGAGGAAACUCAGUGUGGAACUGACACUAUCUCCAUUGAUGAUAAAAUAAGUAAAGAACAUGAUGAAAAGCGGGAGGAAUCUGUUGAUACUCCUGUGUCUUUCAUAACUGGGUGUUAUGAAAGGUUGCUAGAAAAUAAAACGUCGAUGUCUCCAAAGUUCAUGAAUAAUGAAGUAUCUUGCAAGUCAGUACCAAAACAAGCUGUCUUUCAAAAUCUAAAUAAUCUUCAAGAUACGCAAGAAAGUUGGAACAGGAAAAGCAUGAUUCAGGAGAAGUUUCACAGAAAUACUGACUUCUGUUUUGCAGACUCUGAAAUGACAGAUGGGAAAAAAGAGAUGCCUCCCCCUCUCUCAAAUAGUUGUGGUCUUAAGGAGAAAAAGUCAAGCUUCAGUGAUGACUUUGAAAGUGGUAAUAAUUCUUGGUCAGCAGCAAAAAAUCCAGGACUUGAAAGUGAAAGACCAAGCUCUGCCAUUCUUGAACGUGUGAGUGAUGAAGAUACUGAAGAAGAGCAAUAUGAAAGAGUAGAUGAUAAAAUCUGUGAACCACUGAAACAAGAAAGUGAAAACUUGCACUUAAAUAGAUAUGAAGAAAAUUUGAGAGCAUUUCAUUCGAGCAGCAAAGAAGAAUCACCUGAACAGGAAGAAGAAGUUGAGAAGCAGGAGAAGGAAGACAGUGGCGAAAAGCUAGUUGCUGAGGAUGUGAAAAAUUCUGUUUGUAAUGAUAUCUGUGAAGUCCACAAUGCUUCAAAAGACAACUCGGGUGCCCUGCCAGCAGUGGGAGCAGAGCAAGAGGAAGAUGCUGAAUCUCCCUGGGAUUCUGAGGCAGAUUCUCCAAGUCUGAGAAAAGUGUCAUCCAGUAUGUUGCUCCCAGCUGCAGAGAGACAUGGAGUAUGCUCCCUCAUUGUUUCAGGGGAACACAACAAUGGUUUUUUUGAGAAACCCAACAAUUCACGGCUGAAGACUUCCAAAUCUGCUUUGGAAAUGAAUGAAACCUCUCCUAAAAACAGACAGCAGAAAUCAGAUCUAUUGCAGGAAUUUGGUUUAGAAGAUGCUGAGGACAUUGAAGGUGAGUACUCAGGAUCUACCUUUCAUAUGUCAUCAUCAACUGAAAAAGAAGAUGUCAAGGAUGCCCUUGAAAACUAUGGGGUGUGGGAUAAGUAUAUUUUAGAAACUACCAACUUGAUAGAAAAAAGAGCACAUGAAAAUCAAAUUGACAAAGCAGAAAUUUCACAUCAGGAAGCCCUAGCAGAAAAUGAGGAAUCGUACAGUGCUGAUAAGGAGUUAAGUCUGAAACCUUGGGAAGAAAGAUAUGAAAAACUGUGGAUUGAAAAGGAGAAAAGGGAAUUGAAAACAAAUUUUAAAAACAUUACAGCAGAGCUGAAGCAGUUGUUUGGUGAAAAUGAAACUGGGAAAUCUGCUUCCCAUGUGAAAGGAAUACCAGAAGAUGGCUUUGGUGAAAAACUGAAGAGUUCUCGCAUUAUUUCCUCUCCUGUGACAGAAUCAAGUAGUAAGUUAGAAAGCAAAGGUGAAUUUGGAGAUAUUAAACUUAUGCUAGAUGGAAAAGUACCCCAAAUGAAAAUUGUAAUUCCGAGUCUUGGUAUCCUUCCUGAUGAAAAUAGCUUAAAGGCAAAUAUGGAAGAUACCCGGAAUAGAGAUGAAGAUGGCACUAACAAUAUGGAUAACAGAAAGGUGUCUCUGGCAAAAGGAGAGAAAAAGAGAAUGCCUGCUAUGGAAACAGAAGAGAAUGAUAAUGCAAGUAGUGAAAACGCAGAGGAAGGUUCUACUUACUCCCUGAGUCAUAGCUUAAAAUCAAGUAUUUUGGGUGAGAUUUCUAAUACUCUUCCUAAAAUAAGAGCUGUUUCUACAAGUGAUGAAAAUGCAGUUUUUGUAACAGAAAGGAAACUUGAAAAAUACUCUGGAUUUAAUGAUGAUGUUCCCAGGGACUGCCUUAUCAACAAUAAUAAUAUGGGAGAAACAGAAAUUGAAAGUCUUUUUGCAAAUGCUCAGCAAUCUUGUGGCAUGCUGGAAAGGAAUCUUGAUGAAGAACUAAAACAAGAUAUGGAAAGAUUUAAGAGUAAGGUUGAGAAGGAAAAAAGCAAACAAAGAUGUUUGAAAAUGCAGAAGGUGGCAAAACAGGAAGAUGUUGCUGAAUUAAGUACACUGCCAGGCAACAUUACUAAUAAGGAAAUGAAAGAAAAGCUUACUCUAAGAAAGAAUGACUGUCUGAAAAUGGAGAAUGAAAACAGUACAGAAGAAAAGGACAAAAAGAAUUUUUCACCUGAGGAGAGGUCAAAAUUGAUUAAAAUGCCACUGAAAGGUGAAUUUGCCCUGAAUCCCAAAGUUGCAAAGAAGAAUAAAAGACAGACUUUGAAGCAGACAGCUAAUCAGCAGAUGAGCUCUUCCAGUGGGAAUCAUUUUCAAACACUGGAUGAUAGCACUUUCAGUGAAACAUCUCAAGAUGAAGAAAGACCUGCAGCAAAAACAGGAAGUGAAAAGAACAAGGUCGGCAUGGAUGUAACUGAUGACCUUGAUUUAACUCACUCAUCUGACACAGCUUCAGAGGAUGUCGCAUUACCAACAUCCACGUACAAAGAGGCUGUGCUGCUGUUAGAGCAGCUUAGUGUGGAUCAUACAGGUUCUGCUAUUUUAUUGAAAAUUCAAAACAUACUUCUUAAAUAUGAACAAAUAAUAGAACAUGAAAAAAAUCGAUAUACAGCUGUCUGUAAAGAAGUAAGAAAAUUGGAAAGUGAGAAGGAAGAAUCACAGUUAAUAGCAGAAGAGACUCAAGAUUUAAAAUCUAUAUUGGCUCAUCAAGAAGUAGAAUGGAAAAGUGAUAUCCAAAGCCUUAAAUUUACUUUGAAACAAGAAGAGGAAAAGAGGGUCAGAGUAGAAGCACUCUAUGAGAAAACAAGAGAAAAACUCAGAAGGCAAGAAGAGCAAUAUUGUAAAGAGAUGGAGGAGAAACGGCAACUUGAGUUACAAUCAAGAAAUUUAGAAAUGGAGUUAAUGACACUGAGAAAGCUCUUGAAACAGGUCGAAGAAGAGCGUGAUGAAACACAGAGACACCUUUCUCAGGAAAAGAGUGCCAGAGCCCUGCAAGAAGGCAUUUUGAACAACCACCUUUGGAGACAAAAGGAACUAGAAGAAGAGACAAGAAGAACUAUAGGAAAAAAUUCAGAUGAAUCCGACACUGAGAGAGAAAAGGAUCUGUUGUACAAAAAUCAGUUACUGCAAGAGGAGAUUGCUGUGCUAAGACUAGAACUUGAUCAAAUAAGACUUAGGCACCAGGAGGAAGAAGGAAAAUAUUUAGAGGAAAAUGAGACCUUGAAAGAAAAAAAUGAAGAUCUCAAAAAGGAACUUAAACUGAAUGAAGAAGCCUUAACGCAAACAGUUUUUCAGUACAAUGGACAGCUGAACUUACUAAAGACAGAAUCUGCAAUGCUAACUUCCAAACUUGAGCAAACAAAAGAAAGUAAAGACAGACUAGAGACAGAAAUUGAAUCAUUUCGUUCCCGCCUGAACACUACUGUUCAAGAACUCGAACGUCAUCAGUCAUCCAAAAGUGAUGUCGAGCGCACGUUUCAGAGAGAACGAGAUGAAUGGCUUCGCUUGCAAGACAAGCUGCAUCAUGACCUCUCUGAUGUGCGAGAAACCAACAAGAGCUUGUCUCAGCAGCUGAGUAAAGCUGAAAGCAAAGCUAAUGGUCUAGAAAAUGAACUGCACCAGUUGAAACAAAUGCUCAGAGAAAAAAUAUUGCUUUUAGAAAUGACACAAAAAGAAUUAAGUCAAGCCCAGUGUCAGGCAAAGGAAUACGAUCAUGCUCGACAAGUUGAGAAAGAUCAAGUAAGCAAACUUACAAUAAAGCAGGAAUCCAUGCAGGAGCGAUUGGCCCAGCUCCAGAGUGAAAACCUUUUGCUCCGUCAGCAACUGGAAGAUGUGCAGAACAAGGGAAUCAUCAAAGAAAAAGUAGUGAAUGAUGUACAGGAUCGGUUUAAUGAUAUUUUCAACAAACUCAGAGCUGAUACUGAAAAGCAAGUUUACCUGGUGGAAGAAAGAAACAAGGAAUUAAAUGCCAAGUGUACCGAUUUAAGAGAACAAGUCUUCAAGUAUGAGACUGACAAAAUAGAGAGAGAGGGCAUGAUCAGACAGCUGCAGCAGGAGCUUGCUGAUGCUCUUAAAAAGCAGUCUAUGUCAGAAGCUUCACUUGAAGUUACUACACGCUACCGCAGUGACCUGGAGGAAGACAAGCUGCGCUUGCAGAAGGAAUUGGAAAAGGUUAAAACCAAGCUGCAGGAGGAGGAAGAAAAGCAUCUUCAGUCUGAGCAUUGCAUUCGUGACUUGAAGACUGCCUUGGAUGAUAAGGAAAGAGAAGCAAUAACUUCUUCCCAGAAACUGCAGGACCUCCUGUUGGCAUCUUCCGAGACUAAUACCACUCUAAAACAACUGGAAGAACACGUGCAACACCUUGAAAUUGAAAACACCAGAUUGGAAGCCACUGUCCAGCAACAAAGCAAUAGGAUUGAAGCCCUUCAGAGAGACCUGCAAGCCUCUGCCUCAGUUCACAACCGCCUGGAAGACUUGAUAACUAGCUUACGGACAUCGCAGGCAGCUGCAGAGGACCACCACAAGCAGGUGGAAAAGCAGAAUGCGCUGGCUCUGACAUCAAAGGAUUUGCAGAGCAUGUGGGAAGAGCAGUUUAAGUCAAGAUCCAACCUCGAGGAGCGUGUUGCUCAGCUUGACAGGGAAAAGGCAGAGCUCUUUGAACAGUGUGAGAGUGAAAGAAAGAAAGUGAAGAAACUGGUCGAAUUGAAACGCCCAGUUGAAAUGCGCCUGGACCAAGAAAUGAAAAGAAACUUAGAACUGCAGAAAGACUUCAAGAGGUUGAAGAGACUUCUGAGUAGAGCUACGAAGAAACUAAGGGUGUAUGAAGAAAGAGAAAUUGAGUCCCAGCUUAACUUGCAGGGAGAAAUGAAGAACAGAUAUUCUGAAAUGGUCAGUGAAGUUGGUAGAUUAAGACCAAAGGUUGGUGAACUUUCCCAGCAGCUGGACAGGGAAUCUAAAAAAUGCAUGCAGCUGGAAGCCAAAAAUCAGGAUUUGCAAGAAGAGCUAUCCACCCUGCGUGGGAAGUGUGAAAACCUGGAGAAGAGCAAAUGCCAGCUGCAAGAAGAGCUGGCAAAACUCCAACAUCAUUCGGAGACUAACCUGGUAGAUCGCAGCCAAAUAGAACAACAUAAAAGGGAGGUGGAAGAACGAGCUGGACAAGAAAUAAGACAAAAACUACAAGAAGUCAAUCUGUUUUUGCAAGCACAGGCAGCUUCCCAGGACAGAUUAGAACAAAUCAGAGCCAGUCAUCAUGCUUCACUAAGAAACCAGCUAAAAGACAGAAUUAGAGAUCUUGAAUGUGAACUGGACAGGAUAAAAAAUACCCAACAAGACAGUACUUUUCAAAAAGAAUCCACCCAGGCAGAAGUGGAAAAGUACAAAGAGCUCUAUCUGGAGGAAGUGAAAACCAGAAAAAGCCUAGCCAAGAAACUGGAAAGAGCUAAUGAGAGACUUGCAGAGGCCAACACCAAGCUCCUUCGAGAGCGCCAUAGAAGCAAAUCUUUAAUCACAAGCAGCAUUGUCAGCGGACAUCUGGCUGCAAGUCCACUUUUGUAUUCAACUGGCCUGGGACAUCUUGGCAACAGUUUGGGACUGAACAGAAGUCUCAGUCUUGGAGGAAACUUCCUAAGCCCAACAGAAAACACAUUAUCACCAAGAAACAGAGUUGAAGCUUAUGUGGCCAAGGUACGACAGGAACUGGAUGAAAAAAUCACUAGAGACCUUCAACAAGCUACUGCUGAACUUGAAAGGGGAUCUGCUGGAUCUUCAAAAAAUCUUCAUGUGGACCAGGAUCCCCUUUGCAAAGCAAUAGAGGAGUACCGUGAUGUUUUAACCAAAAAUUACCUGAUUUGAACGAAAUGCUAUGAAAGGCUCUGGAAAUCAUUUGGUUUUCAUAGUGCAUCUGUGGUUUCACCCAUCCCUCAGUUCAGAUGUGAAAACAUGUUUCUUGCAGUUGGAAUAUAAACUCAUAAACUCUAUUAAAUGGAUAUCAAGCA